GGUAUUAUGCAGAAAGUCAUGGGAAUGUCAAAGAGCUUCUUCUCUUUUCUCUCAGGUUAUCUGGUUCUUGCAGUUAUGGUUCAAUCUCAGGAUCAAUCAGGAUUCAUAAGCAUAGAUUGUGGAGCACCUGCCAAGUCCACCUACAUUGAGAAGACAACAGGCAUACAUUAUAUAUCAGAUGACAAGUUCAUAAAUUCUGGAGUAAGUAACUCCAUAACCACUGAGUUCCAAAGAGUGUAUCAACAGCAUAUUUGGAACCUGAGAAGCUUUCCUCAAGGAACAAGAAACUGUUACGAAAUAAACAUCACAAGAGGCUCUAAAUAUCUGAUCAGGGCUACUUUUCUGUAUGGGAAUUAUGAUGGCCUGAAUGAGUUACCAAGUUUUGAUCUUCAUCUUGGGCCUAACCUCUGGGAAACAGUCAAAAUAACCAAUGAAUCUGUGCCAAUAUUUCCUGAGAUCAUACAUGUUCCAUUAUUAGAUUACAUUCAAAUCUGUCUUGUUGACACAGGCUCUGGAACCCCGUUUGUUUCUGCUCUAGAAUUAAGGACCUUGAUUUCUAUGAAUGGUGUUUAUAAUACUCAGUCUGGAUCCUUGUCACUUUACUCGAGGUUCGAUUUAGGCUCAACAAGCAACAGAACAUACAGGUAUAGUUAUGAUGCUUAUGAUCGCAUAUGGCAAUAUUUCUACCACAAGGACUGGAAGCCAAUAAGCGCUUCAAUUUCUGAAGAUUCCUUAACUCAAAAUUAUUUCAAACCACCAGCUAUUGUUAUGAGUACUGCAGCCACACCAAUAAAUGAAAGUUCUCCAAUGUUAGUGGAUUGGGAGCCAGAAAAUGCAACAGACCAAUUCUAUAUUUACAUGCAUUAUACAGAGCUUCAAGUAUUAAAAAAGAAUCAGACAAGAUCAUUCAACAUUACCCUCAAUGGAGAAAUGUUUUUCCCCAAGGUUGUACCUAAGUAUGGGGUCACAAACACAAUGGCCAACGUUGAAGCUAUUAGUGGAGAAAAAAUUCAGUUUUUGCUUCAGAAGACGGAGGAUUCAAACCUCCCGCCUAUUCUCAGCGCUAUUGAAAUUUAUAAAGUUCAAAAAAUUUCCCAGACAGAAACAGAUCAAGGAGAUGUUGAUGCAAUCUCAACAAUCAAGUAUUCCUAUGGGGUGACAAGAAAUUGGCAAGGAGAUCCAUGUGGUCCAUUGGCCUACAUUUGGGAAGGUCUAAAUUGUACUUAUAAUGGUCAGAAUUCACCUAGAAUCACAACCCUCAGGAAUUUGUCUUCAAGUGGACUGGCAGGACAGAUAGAUCCCUCCAUCUCAAAGUUCACCAUGUUGGAGAAAUUGGAUUUAUCAAACAAUAGCUUAAAUGGAUCAGUGCCUAAUUUUCUUUCUCAACUGCAAAACCUGAAGAUCUUAAACCUGGAGAGCAACAACUUCACAGGUACAGUUCCCACUGAUCUGAUUGAGAAUUCAAAGAAAGGUUCCCUGUUACUAAGUGUUGGACAAAAUCCAUAUCUAUGUGAAUCUUCUUCGUGCAACAAGAAAAAGAACAAUAUUAUUAUUCCCAUAGUAGUACCAGUUGGUGGAGUUCUGAUCCUUCUGGUAGCCGCAGCAGCAAUAUUUUCUACAAUUAAAAGGAUAAAACGAAGAGGCUCAAUUGAGACCUCACAGCAAGUUGAAAAAUUUGAAGAACAGAAUGAUACAUAUCUGCAAGCCACCAAGAGACAAUAUCCAUACCCUGAUGUCCUCAAAAUGACCAAUGACUUCAGCACAAUUCUAGGAAAAGGUGGGUUCGGCACAGUUUAUUUGGGUUACAUUGAUGAAACUCCAGUUGCGGUUAAAAUGCUCUCUCCAUCAUCAGUUCAAGGUUAUCAGCAAUUUCAAGCAGAGGUUAAACUUUUAAUGAGAGUUCAUCACAGAAAUCUGACUUCCCUUAUUGGGUAUUGUAAUGAAGAAACGAAUAAGGGGCUCAUAUAUGAGUACAUGGCUAAUGGUAACUUGCAAGAGCAUCUUUCAGGGCAAGACAGAAAAACAAAGUUACUGAAAUGGGAAGACAGACUUUGUAUAGCACUGGAUACAGCAUCAGGGUUGGAGUAUCUGCAUAAGGGAUGCAGGCCACCUAUAAUCCAUAGAGAUGUAAAAUCUUCAAAUAUAUUGCUGAAUGAAAACUUCAGUGCAAAAAUAGCUGACUUCGGUUUAUCUAAAACUAUCCCCACUGAUAGUGGAACUCAUGUGUCAACUGCUGUUGCUGGUACUCCUGGUUAUCUCGACCCUGAGUAUUAUAUAACAAACAGAUUGACAGAGAAAAGUGAUGUUUUUAGUUUUGGAGUGGUUCUGUUGGAGAUAAUCACAAGUUUACCUGCCAUAUCAAGAAACCACGAGAAGACUCACAUAAGUGAAUGGGUCAGCUCCAUGGUUGAUAAAGGGGAUAUAAAGGCCAUUGUUGACUCAAGGCUAAGUGGAGACUUUGACAGUAACUCUGUUUGGAGAGCUGUGGAAAUGGCAAUGACUUGUGUGUCUCCAAACCCCAACAACAGGCCAACCAUGAGUGAGGUGGUGAAUGAGCUAAAGGAGUGUUUGGAAACUGAAGUAGCUAGAACCAAAAAUAAUGGUGCUCAUACAGGAGAUUCAGUUGAAUUAGCAUCCCUGAAUAUGACAAGUUCAGAAUUCUCUCCCUUGGCCAGGUAGUAGCUUGCCUCAGACAAGAAGAAUGAAGUUAAUGUGAAACUCUGCAAGAAGCAUAUAUGUGAGGACAAAGUUGGUUUUAGACCCUAUUUUCUAAAUAAUUCCUAAAUCAAGGCAAUCAGAAGUUGCUGUUCUGGUAAUUUACCCUUUGAAUCUGUAUACACUUUCUCUCUUAUCAUGAAACUAUCUGGACGUGGGAAUGCGAUGAUGUUGCUGUGGAAAAAGUGGCUUGUUGCUUUGAGGUUAGAGCAUUGCAUUGCUAUUUGC